CAAGGGCCCCAUGAAAAGCGCUUACUGCACGACUUAUUGACAACGUACAACGUCCUUGAAAGACCAGUUGCCAACGAGUCAGAGCCUUUAUUAUUGAGUUUUGGUCUUACUUUGCAGCAAAUAAUAGAUGUAGAAUGGGUAGACGUUAAUUUGAGAUGGAAUGCAAGCGAAUAUGGCGGCGUUAAGGACCUUAGAAUACCUCCUUGGAGAAUAUGGAAGCCAGAUGUAUUAAUGUAUAACAGCGCAGACGAGAAGUUUGACGGCACCUACCACACGAACGUAGUCGUUCGAAACAACGGCAGCUGCACCUACAUCCCUCCAGGUAUCUUCAAGAGCACGUGUAAAAUAGAUAUCACGUGGUUCCCCUUCGAUGACCAAAAAUGCAACAUGAAGUUUGGGUCCUGGACAUACGAUGGGAACCACAUCGACCUUAGGCUGUCUUCCGAAGAAGGGGGUGAUUUGUCCACCUACAUCACCAAUGGUGAAUGGGAAUUAAUCGAACUUCCAGGCACGCGUAAUGAAAUAAUCUACUCGUGCUGUCCUGAGCCUUACGUGGAUAUCACCUUCUCCAUUCACAUUCGUCGAAGGACGCUUUACUACGGCUUCAACCUCAUCAUUCCAUGUGUACUCAUAUCCUCCAUGGCACUGCUCGGAUUCACACUGCCACCCGAUUCCGGAGAGAAGCUGACUCUAGGAGUAACAAUUCUUCUUUCUCUGACGGUGUUCCUUCUUCUGGUGGCUGAGACCAUGCCCCCAACGUCCGAUGCGGUGCCUUUAAUAGGUACAUAUUUUGCUUGCAUUAUGAUCAUGGUUGCAUUUUCCGUUGUAAUGACUGUGGUGGUACUUAAUUAUCAUCACAGAAGUGCAGACACACACGAAAUGCCUCCUUUUGUAAGAAGCUUGUUCCUCAUCUGGCUUCCAUGGAUUCUCAGAAUGCAGCGUCCAGCGCAGAAGGUUCUUCCACGCAGAAGUUUCUUCGGUUCCAAAAAAGAACUAGAAAUGCGUCAGAGGUCUUCCAGGAGCCUUCUGGCCAACGUCCUCGACAUAGACGAGGAAUACCUAGCCUCCGAAGAGCAGCCGGCAACCGUCCGAGGGUGCUUCACUACCAGCAAAGAACUGACCGCCAUUUUGCGCGAAAUACGUUACAUCACGAAUCGCAUGAGGCGGGAAGAUCGCACCGGCGACAUCAUUUCUGAGUGGAAAUACGCCGCCAUGGUGGUGGACAGGGUGUGCUUGAUCGUAUUCACAGCCUUCACGGUGCUCUCCACUUGCAUUUGCCUUUUUUCAGCACCGCACCUCGUAGCUUGA